UGGUAACGGCAGUCGGGUGUUCGACGGUGUAACGUUCGGACCUCGGUGGAAAUUAGCUUGCACGGAAAUGCGUCUUAACCCCACUAUCAAUGCUGUCGCCAUACACGGAUCCGCGGGGCCGUUUAAGGAUUCGAUAAUCGAUCAUCAGUAAUCAUUUCCACCGGCAGUCCGUUUCGAGAAAUCGCGGCAGCGACGAUACGCAUUCCUCGUGCCGCUACGAACGGAAUAACUGAAUAGGCGCGAAAAAUUGCCGCUUCGGAUUUUACGCCGCGUCCGGAGAAGAAUUUCGAAGAGAAAAGUGUUCGAUGAAGGAAUUCGAGAAAGCUGCACCCACGAGGAACGCGUUUGACUGAUAAGUGGCGAGAAUAAAAGGCACGAAUCUCGUACGAAUUCCUUCGGCGAGUAUUCGAGGCGCGUUUGACAACCGAAGACCCGGUUUAAGUAGCACGAUUCGCGUUUUCUGUGACCACCGGUGCGCGUUCUGAUCUAUAUCGAUUUUCCUCUCGAAAGUGCGACCGAUCUUCGACCCCGUCCACGUUUCAAAACAGAAGGAUUCGAUUGUUUGCAUUCGACUUUCGAGAAACGCUCGCGAGAUUUUGUCGACGUCUGAAAAAAUGAUGGCGGAACACGCAAUUGUCGUCAAGAAUGCAGAAAAAAAAUAUGGCAAUGGAAAUCUGGUGUUGAAAGAUUUAAAUCUGACCGUCCCUAAGGGUUGUAUAUAUGGAUUACUGGGUGCCAGCGGAUGCGGCAAAACCACCCUUCUCUCUUGUAUAGUUGGCGUUCGAAAAUUGGACGAUGGAGACAUUUGGGUGCUCGGUAAAGAACCAGGGCAAAAGGGCUCUGGAAUUCCAGGACCUCGCGUUGGUUACAUGCCACAGGAUAUCUCACUGGUCGGCGAAUUUUCCGUAAUGGGCGCUCUAUGUUUCUUCGGAAAGAUCAAUGGCUUGGAUAAUGAUACGAUCGAGGAGAGGUAUCUGUUCCUGAAGGAUCUACUUCAGCUGCCACCCAAGAACCGUUUAGUGAAGAACAUGAGCGGUGGGCAACAAAGAAGAGUAUCCUUCGCAGCAGCUUUGUUACACAAACCGGAACUGUUGAUCCUGGAUGAACCUACGGUCGGUUUAGAUCCGGUUUUAAGGGACAACAUUUGGAAUCAUUUGGUGAAACUGACGAAGGAAGAGGAAGUGACGGUCGUCAUCACGACACAUUAUAUCGAGGAGGCGAAACAGGCAGACAAGAUUGGAUUAUUGAGAUGCGGACAGAUGUUGGCUGAAUCAUCGCCGAAUAAAUUACUCGAACGAUUUCAGACUGAUUCUUUAGAGGAAGCCUAUUUAAACCUGAGUCAAAUACAAGAAGAAAAUCCGACUCAAAGCAUCGCCAGAUUUUCUUCCAACGAAAUGAACAAUGUCAUCACCGUGACCACUCUACACAGCAUUUACAUACCCAAGAGUAAGCUGGAAUUGAGGAGUAAUUGGAAGAAGAGAUGUCAAGCACUACUGAUGAAGAAUGCUCUUCAGUUUAUACGUCAUCCAGGAGGGAUACUGUUCUCGCUGCUUCUACCGAUACUGCAAGUGACAUUAUUUUUUAACUCGAUCGGCCAAGAUCCAAAGAACCUUAAAAUAUCGAUCGUGAACGAGGAGGCUGGGAAUUGUAGUAACGGAAUGAAUUUCGGCAAUGUUAUCUACAACCAAAAUAAUUUCACUUGCAAUUACGUUGAUCUGAGCUGUAGGUUCCUAACGGAGAUCGAUGACACCUUUUUGGAUAAGCUGUACUACAACAGCUAUGAGGAGGCAUUGGAUAGAGUUGCAAAGGAGAAAAGCGUUGCAAUAAUGCAUUUCAAGAGGAACUUUUCUCAUGCGAUGCUAGCAAAACUCGACGACUAUUUGGGAAUGUCUGACGAGGAAAUUAUUGAUAGUCAGAUAGAAGUUGCCAUCCAUACAGCAGACAAGCAAAUCAGUUUCUAUUUGCAAGCAAAGUUGCACGACUUCUUCUUUGACAAAUACAAGACGAUCCUGAAGCAAUGCAAGAUUACUCCAAAAUUUGCAAACUUACCAUUGCAAUUCGAGGAGCCAAUUUUUGGUAAAAAAGAUCAAAAUUAUGCGACGUUUGUGGCACCGACUUUCAUCUUGACGCUCACUUUCGUUCAGGCAACGUCGAUCUGUUCGAGUGUAAUCGUAACCGAUAGGCAUUCAGGUGUGUGGGAUCGAAUUCUAGUUCAAGGUGUAACGACGGCAGAAAUAUUAAUCACGCAUCUGAUAUCGCAAGUGACAGUGAUUGUUGUACAAGUGGCGGCAGCAUUGUGCUUCUACUUCGUGAUCUUCGGCGUCGAGUGUAAAGGAUCAAUGAUCACUGUCGUUUGGAUGACGUUGCUCGAAGGAAUUUGUGGAAUGAAUUAUGGAUUUAUGAUAUCAGUGGUUUGCGCUUCGCAUACUCUUGCCAAUUAUGUAUCGGUUGGAAGUUUCUAUCCAUUGAUACUUCUAUGUGGAUUCAUCUGGCCCAUCGAGGGAAUGCCAUGGCUACUACGAUGGAUCAGUUUAGUUCUACCAUUAACGAUGCCAGGAAUAUCUUUGAGAGCAGUGAUGGAAAAAGGAUCGUCUAUCGUGGACCCGGAAGUGUACUCGGGAUUUUUAGUGGUCUUAGCAUGGAUCGUGAGCUUCGUAGCGUUUUGUUUAUUCCACUUAAAAUCAAAGAUGCCGUAAAAAAUGAAGAGGCAACGUCGAAGGACAGGGAAUAAAGUAUCACAUUUUUGUGUAUACGUGUGCAAUAGUGAAAAAGAAAGUUCUUUUCACGUGUUCCACAGGGUCGUAUCGUUUUAAAUUUAUACCUAGUAGCAGUUAAGGUAAAUGUUAGAACUUUCUUUGAGUGCGAUUGUUGAGGAAAGAUAUACGUUUAAUUUAAUUGAGAAAAUCGUGUUCGUCUCUGACAAGGCAACUUGUGCCGUUGCUUUUGUGAUAAAUGUUGCCUGUAUAUUUAAGUCCAGACAUUGUAUAAAAUCCGAUGAGCGUGAUGUUACUUGUUAAUAAAUACCAGUAAUAUGUU